AUGACUAUCGUCCCUCACGUACCAUCGUAUCCGGAGAGUCCUCGGCAAAUUUUAUUCCAAAUUUCUAGUCUCUGGAAACUACGCUCUACCAAUGAGUACCCGCGGACGGCCCCCCGGCAGCGCCCCCCGCCAACCACCCCACCAGACCCCUCACUCGCUACUCGCCCAGUCCCAAGCCAUCGCGAGUUUAGGCCACUUUCUUUUGGGCAAGGAGCAUCAAAUAUUCUAUUCAGACCAGUGCUUGAACUAGAUGAUCUCCCAGAAGCCGAUCCUGCAUUAUCCAGAAGAUUAGCCUAUCAAAGAUCACUUGAUGAAGUGCGCAAAUUACUGGCGGUUGUCUGCGACCAAGAGCUCGAUACAAAUCCAGACGACGUCUCAUGUCAUAUUCCUACAUGGGGUUAUUGGGUGUUUAUUACAGAAUAUUCCCCUUUAGCUCUUGAAAAAAUACCCCAGGCAAUGGAAAACCUAGUGAAAGUCACUGAACGCAACCUAGGUCUUAGCCUACCAGCCUAUAUAAGCGAAGCAGCUCACCGCUUUAAGCUUAAUGUGAUCCAAGAUAAAGAAGCCCUGGAAGGUGCUUCAGAUGAUCGUAUUCGGGAGGAGUUCAAGUCAUUACUUCGUGGGCUUAAUCUUAUGGAUGAAAAGGACUGUCCUCGUCCUAUGAUAGGAUCAACUAUGGCUUGUCUUGUCCUUGAUGAGAAGGCCAUUACCAUGUUGGCAGGUCUUCAAUUUGGUGAAGAGGAUACUAUGAAAGACUAUCGUGCCUUUAAAGGGAAAAGCAUCAAAAUUAUAGAUGUCUGUUGGGUUCGUGAGCCAACUGAAUGGCCAGACGACCCAAAUGCUCGCCCAUACCGGGGCGUAGACGAGUGCCCUAUAGUCUAUUUACGAUCUUUGUACUUUAGGCUCAACAACGGAAGUUUUUUGGACGAACUCUUCCCCUUGCAGAAUGUGUGUUAUUAA